AUGUUGUACUCCCCGUUGUCAUCCUCAUCCUCAACCGCAUCAUUAUCAACAUCCAAUGCCAAUCAAAACUCAGCUGCCCGUCAACAUUUAUUGCAACAGCAGCAGCAGGCUUUGCAACAAUUCCAUCAACAUCAGCAACAACUUUUGCAGCAACAUCACCAACAACAGCAGCAACAGGCUGAAAAAGCUAGCAAGAGUGCUAGUUCAACUGGCUCUGCUUCCCAUAAAUCUGGCGGUAAUAGUAGUUCCUCCUCUUCUAACUCAGCCAGCUCUGCUGCCCAAAGACUCUCAGCAGCUCAUCAGUUGGCGGCUGCUGCUGCCGCCGAAAGUGCUGCUGCUUAUUAUUCGGCUGCAGCAGCUGCUGCUGCCACCAUGUUAAGUCCUCCCCUAAGCGCGGCGGCUGCCAAUUCCACUUUGAGUGCCGUUAAUCCUUUUGCCAAUCCUUUCGAUUGGUUAGGAGCCUCUAGUACAGCAGCGGCCAGCUCACAUAAUGUCUCUGGCAGCCACAAACGUUCCAGUUCUGCUUCCUCUAAUAACUCUAGCACGUCUUCUAAUCAACAACAGCGUUCUGCCAGUGCUGCACAUUCUUCACUGGCAGCUUCGGCCAGUGAUUUUCUCUCCAUGUUUAGCAGUAAUCAUACGACAAAUCAUAAUACGACGGAAACACACCAUCAAAGAUCAUCCUCAAAUGCCUCUGCCUCUUCCUUGGCCUCAACUUCCUCUUCCACCAAUACGGGAGGAGGCAAUAAGUCCUCCAACUUUUCAGUGGCUUCUUUAACCUCUAAUACAAACAAUAACAACAGCAGUAAUCACAACAACAACUCCUCCAAUAAUAACACAGGAUCAACGGCAGCCUCUAACUCCUCUGCGGCCUCCUCGGCCUCUUUGGCAGCACAUGCCGCCGCUGCCUCGGCCGCUUUAUUUGGAGUAGCUGCACCCUUCUCAGCACCAGCUUUAGUUAAUCCAUAUCCUCCACAUUUGCCCGGCGUAGCGGCUGCAGGGGCUCAUGGUCUACCCUCACCCACUAUCUAUCCACCUACACCACCACCCUCGGCACCCUGGAUACAUCCCUGGUAUGCUGGGGACACUUUUUAAAAUGGCCGCAAGAAAUGUAAGAGUAUUUUUAUCUUUAUUUAUUCGUAUACACUUUUAAAACACGUUUUAUUAUAAGUUUUCGUUAUUAAUUAAUUAGUUUUGGAGUAAAUAUUAAUACAAGCUCUUAUUGUUUUUAAAUAAGAGUUUUUU